AUGGCCAGCCUGACAUUUCUGUCGCUCCUUCUGCUGGCUCAGUCUGCCCAUGCCCAGCUCCCUUAUCAGCCUACGCGAGUCUUCCGCUCCUCCAAAGAAGACGGUUUGGUCUAUGUAUUCGGCCCGGCCCCGAGCGCCUCCAACCAGGCCCAGUUGCGUUCUCUCGACGUCACUUCCGCCCUCGACCCGGCAAACCUCAAGUACAACACUCUCUAUUCCGCUCUCCCCUGGUCUUCUGCUGCCGAUGCAACGCCCUACAUACCCGUCGUCGAGCCCGAUGGGAAUUUUACCGUUUACGCCGGCGCAUGUGCCGACCCGGCUCAAAAUGCAAAGAUUUGGACUUUCAAAAUAGAUAAAGAUGCCGCUGAUGGGAAUGGUACUUGGUCGCAGACAGACGUCAUGCCUGGGGACACCUCCAGCACCUCCCUGCUCGCUCCAAAUUUCCUCGCCGGCGGGCUGUCAUUCUCAAGCUCAGAAGAUGGGUCUAACAGCAGCCUCUUUGUUUUUGGCGGCAUGUGCCCUGAUGCCGCCGCCACCCAGGAUGACUGGCAGGGCUCUGCCAAUUAUUCAAAUACCAUGCUGCAGCUUGAGCCCGAUACUACCACCCAGUACUCCCUAAAUGUCGCCCCAACCCGUGGUCCCCCAGUUUCCGAAGCGGGUUUUGCAUUAGUAGGCCUACCCCCGACUUACUCCAGCGGCAAUGAUGGUGCCAGGGACCAGCAGCAAAAUUUCGUCUUGAUUGGAGGACACACGGAAACCGCCUAUAUCAACAUGUCUCAGGUCGCUCUUUACUCGCUGCCGCAGGCCACCUGGACCUUCAUUGGAGUCGACCAGCCCUCACAGGAGCACACGGAUCUGGCCAAGCGGAGCGAUGCCACCGAGGUCGAACCUCGAUCAGGCCACACAGCUCUCUUAACUGCAGAUGGCUCCAAGAUAAUUGUCUUCGGUGGUUGGGUCGGCGACAUCAACACCCCAGCCGAUCCGCAGCUGGCGAUACUGAAUGUUGGCGAAGGCUACGGUGGCGAUGGAUCCUGGAGCUGGACGAUUCCUUCAACAACAGGAUCCGGCCUAGCAAAUGGGGGUGGUGUAUAUGGACAUGGUGCUGUCAUGCUUUCUGGUGAUGUUAUGAUGGUCACCGGUGGAUAUUCCAUUUCUUCAACCUCUUCGCGACUGAAGUCACGGGCAGAUUUGGCGCAAAAUACCCAGAGCUUCUUUUUCAACGUUACGUCAAAUACCUGGCUAUCUGAAUAUCAACCAAAUCCGGAUUCAUCGAGCGACUCCGAUUCGUCUCCGUCCAAGGCCGGGUUGGGUGCUGGCUUGGGCAUCGGGCUAGCUGCUGUUCUUGCUAUGGCCCUCUUCUACUUCUGGUACAAGCGUUAUCUCAAGAAGAAGCGGGAAAUUCGGGAAAAGGAGAUCGAGAGAGAUCUCUCUCGCGGCGGCUAUGGCUUCCACGGCAACGAGUCUUAUAGCAGUGGAGAUAAUUAUGCCGAUUAUCUCAGUGACCGUGAAGCAGCAGCGCUUGCUGUUGAUCCAUGGUUCUUGAACGGUCGACAGGGAUGGAAAAAUCAACGAGCUCAAGAGGCCGAGAGGACUGGGCUGCUCGUCGAGAUUCCCAGUCCUACACGAGGUCUACGUCGCAGCCUUAACGGACGAGCAUACCACCAAGCGCCCCGCUACGACGAAAGCCGCCUAAAUCAGGGCUCGGGGGGCAUCCACCCAAUCGAUGAGGAGGACGAGAUUGAGUCGAUAACGAACGAGCGUACCGGCAUGCCCGAAAUGAGCGAGCGACCUCGUACAGCAGAGAACCGAUUUUCUACUUUGUCAUCCGCCUCGUAUACCCCCGGCCAGGACCCUUUCAUAGAUCCUGACCCCCUCAGGAGUCAUCCGGUUCUUCCCCCGCAGAAUAUGGUCCACUUUCCAACGAGUCUCAAGUCCAGCGGAAAACAGCCGGUCAUUCAGCCCGGACCAUCGUCACUAACCCAGGCGCGGACGGCAGAUGUGCGGUCUGUGUCGCCAAAUUGGGAGCUUGUUGCCAAUGGUAGCUUGAGCUCAGGACGCUCUGAUCAGGCCUCUACUCAUAAAUCCGACCGUACCGAAUCCAACCUUAGCGACCAAAGCGCAAGAUCGGCUCUUUCCAUGCUUUCUGCACGCUCUGGUGCCGCAAGCGUAGCGCGGACGCUUUCUAGUGCUUCGGCUGCUAUCCUGGCAACGUUCACCAACCCUUUCAACACGCCGAAUACCAGCCCUGUCAAAGAACGCCAUAACUUAUCUCUGCAGAUUCCCCCGGGAUCAAAUUUGGCAAAUCGGCGUUCGGGCGAGAGCAUUGGGCAGGGGGAACGAACAAAUGCGGAUGACGAUUCCUUCAGAACUGCGAAGACGUCUUUCGCAAAACUACAGGCUGAAGGAGAGGCUCUUCUUGGCGGCCGACCCCGGGACGUUGACAAUCUUCCCGCCCCAGUUACCUACUCAUCAAGCACAAGUCCGGAUAGAGAAUCCCCAAACCUGAUCCACACGCCAGUCGAUUUCUACUCCGAAGGCUCGUUCGAGCAACCCAAAGAAAAAGAGCAGAAUGUGACACCUUUGCAUCAAAACACCGAAGCGCUCCGAAGGCUUACCCACACGGCUUCUUCCGAUACUCUGGACCUUUCAACACCAAUUGACAACUCUUUUGCUACACAAGAUCGAAGCAAAUCCUGGAUUCGAGGUUCAGUUCGCCUUGCACUCGCACGCCGACCCUCGUCUAGCCACCGUCACAGCAAUUCUCAUGACCGUACUCAGUCACUUACUUCCAGCAUCCACCGUCGUCGUCGUCACACAAACGAAGAUGACGGAUCAGGUUGGUUUGGAAGCGGCGGUGCAGGCGACCGCAACAGUGGAACCAGCAGUCCAACCAAACUCAGACGGCAUAGGAGAUCAGGAUCCGGCGUUGGAAUCGGGGAGUCAACUACCGGCAGCCGCCCGUCUACGGGAAGCGAUAAUCUAAACCCACCUCGUCGUGCAAACAGCGAUGCUUCCUUUUGGCGGUCUAAGCGCGGCUCCAAGGCUUGGUCGGAAGACACGGCGUCACCAAUGUGGCCACCGGACACGCGGGAUGAAGGAGAUUGGGCCAUUGCAACGCCUGAACCUGGGAAGAGCAGGGAAAGUAUUGGUGCAUAUGUGGAUGGUGAAGAUUGGGAUGUGGAGGCCGCCGCCGAGGGGCGUGUCGUCCAAGUCAUGUUCACCGUUCCAAGGCAGCCUCUCCGAGUGGUCAACGUUGACUCGGAGUUGGGCAGCGGCGAGACAUCAGACGAGGCAAGAAGUACGCGCAUCUCGAGCGGAAGCAAAGGAAAGCAGCGCGUCGAGCGUCUUGGCAACGACGACAAUGCCGUACCGAGCCCACCAGCCGCGAUUGCUGCCGCUGAGGAUCUGCUCUCCGACCACGAUGAGACACCCACAGCGAAGGGCAAGGCAAGAAAGACGUCGCAGCCGCCGCCUCUGCAACUCGCACCUCCACCCCGGCUUCGCCCCCCUCCAGUAGCCAUGUCCUCCAGUCCUCCGCCAGACAUGCAGCGGCCCGGCUCGCUCCCAGACCUGCAACCGCUCCACCGGCCUCCUCCGAUCUCCCCCGCCUUCCCGCCUUCCGACAGCGAAGAAGAACUACUGGUACCUCCGCCGUCCCUCUCCCAGGUCACCAGGUCAAGCGGUGUGACGUCCAACACCGCGGCUUCGCUUAUCUCCCCGUACGGCUCCAAUCCUCGCGCCAGCAGCAGCUCGACACUCGGGACGACAAUCACCGCACCUGAAACGCCAACGCACGCGCCUGUGCGCGGCCGACCGAGCGAGAAGAACCUGCGUGAGCUGCGCAAGGAGCGGGAGGAGGCGAGAAGUCGGAGCCGAGGAAGGGGUGCAUUAUUGACGCCGCCAGCCAACAGGCAAUCGCGGGAUAGACCAGGACUUGGGGAGAGGAGUAAGAGCAAGACAUCGAUACGGAGCGAGGGCGGUGGAAGUGUGAAGGACUUGAUCAGGGAGAUUGAGGCGAGGAAUCGGCGCUGA